AUGUCCAUUCGGAUCCAUUUUCAGGUUGAGCUGCUCCGGCAGCAUCUGGAAGAAAAUCAGGCAGAGAGGCAGGAGCUUGCGGCAAAGCAUGAGGAACAGCUGCAUCAUUUACGCAGUGAGCUGGCCAAGCUGAAACACAGCUAUGGGAAGCUUCAACGCAAGUAUGUAAAGGAGGCCAGAAAAGGAGCCCGGAGCCAAGAGGAGGACCAGAGUGAAGUGACUCGGCUUAGCAGUGAGAUCGAGGAGUUUCAACAGCGAUCAGCGGAGUGGGAGCAGCAGCGGGUUCAGUACCAGAAGCAGUUGGCAACUCUGGAGGCUCAGAGGAAGGUUCUGGCAGAGCAGUUAAAACAUAUGCAAGCAGUGCAGUUGCAGAUGCCUCAACAGCAGCAGGAGCCAACAAAUCCCUGGUGCCAUGCAGAAGUGCAGAAGCUGCGGGGUCAGCUGGAGAGGGCUCAGGAUGCACUGCGGGUCCAGGAGCUAGAGCUGGAGCAACUCAGCCUGCUCCAGGGGGAACUGGGAGAUGCUCAGAGGGAGCGGCAGGUACUGACUGAGGAGAAGGGGGAGCUACAAGCUACAGUGGAUGCGCAGGACAAGUUCAUACUCAGUACUGAUGUGAAUCAGCUGCGCAGCAAGUUGACCUGGCUGACUCAAACCCUACAGGCCAAAGAGCACGUCAUUCAGUCUUUGGAGGACUGUUUUGUGGACCAGGGUCUGUCUACCGGUCUGGCUCCACUCAGACAGGAUCUUGAGAAGACUCUGAUACAGCUCCAAAGUUCUCGUGCCUCGGAGGAGCAGCUAAAGGCAGAGGUGGCCCGACUUCAGGACAUCCUUGAGAAUAUACAGGGACAGAGCAAAGCUUCGUCUGGAAAACAUCUACAACCAAACCUUUUGGAAGAAGAAUGCAGUCGCUCUUUGGGGGAAGUGAAAAAGCUAAGAGAUGAGCUAGAGCUGACCAAGCAGAGGAGGCUUUGGGAGGUAGAAAGUAUGAAGAAAGAAGUGUCCCAGUUGGCCAGUGAGCUGCACCAGCGUGAUAUCACAAUUGCCACGCUCAGCGGGUCUGCCUCCAGCAUCGAGCGGCAGCUGCGGGCUGAGAUGGAGCAGUCUGAGCAUAGGGCAGCUGAACUCAAAGUGACUCAAGUCCAGCUGGAAACUUUGAAGAUUGAGAACCAGCAUCUCACUGAUAUCCUGGAGCAAGUGGAGUCUAGGUCUCCCAAGAAGGUGACUGGUUCCCUGGCCUCCUUUAGACACAGUUAUGUGUCAUCCUUGAACAGCCUGGAACAGGAAAACAAGAAGCUAAAGGAGGAGUUAACAGAAGUUCAUGCCCGGUUGGAAGCCUCCACACAAAUCUGGCAGGAAAAAUAUGGACGGGCACUCCUGCAGAACCAAGGAAAACUGUCCCAGCUGUGCACAGCCAGGGACAGUAAAGUUAAAGAAGUCCCGCAAAGUCAUCCAGAAGAACUAGCUGCCAUGGAAACUAAGAUGCAGGACAUCCUUCAACUGCAGAGACAGCUGGAACACCCACCUCAGGCCUUGCCCAACCAGCUGGACAGCCAGUCCUUGGGCAGCAGGUCUAUAUUGGCGACAUCCUCGCUGUCUGCCUCUUGCUCUCACAUGGAGGGUCUGGCCCAAGGCAAGCCUACCCUGUUUCUCCCGCUCCUCGAUGACAGUGCUGAGCGCUCUUCCAGCACCAGUCCUGUGGAGUUCCUGCACCUCUUUGGUAAAGAAGAGUCCUUUCCGCAGGCACGCUGUGCUGUGUCCUCGGUGGAUACAGUGGCCGCCCACUUCCUCGAGGAGGAGACCCUGCGCUCCCAAGAACUCCUACAGAAGCUGGACUCCCACAUCCAUGAUAUGCAGGAGGACAAUGCAAAGACCAUGCAGAAGUACCUUAAGGACAGGGCAAAGGUUCACUCUGACUAAAAGUCUGUGGGCUGAACCAUCCAUUAUGAAGAGCAUUAUCAAAUGAAGAGCUCAUUUGAUGAGUUGUGAAGAAUGGCUUCUGCCACUUUGGUGUGCAGUCCUCACUGUUACUGAAUGGCUGUAGAACACCAUUCUAGGCCUUCUAUCUUGAAAUCAGUAAGGCUUCACCUUUAUUCGUUUCGGGCAGGUUUUUUUUUUUUUGCAAACUGUUUACCUUUGUAUGUUUGCAUGAUAUGUCACAAAAAGAUCAUUUUGGAGAGGUGUUAUUAAUAUAAUUAAGUUGUAUUAAAUGUCUUCCUGUUGUCCAGUGGCAAUAAAUGGUGAGCUUCCAAAUUGUCCAUUUUAUCAAGAAUGGUAAUGCAUGCUUCUUAAUGAGAACAAAAUAAAAAAAAUUAUGCAGUUGCUGAGGUUGAUCGCUUAUAUCACUGCCUAAUUUUGAGUAUGGGGGAAAAAGUAGCAAUAUUCAGUGAGGGAAAGCAUACAAUCAAGGUAUGUGAUGGAUACAAGUACAAUAUGUUCUGCCAUAUAUACAUUUGAGCUUCUGUGUCCUAGGAUCAAUUGUGGGGUGGGAAAACAUAUGACCUCCACUCCUGCCCCAGACAUGACGCUACUGAACAGAACCCCAUACACUGGAUUAUUAAAGUUAGUUCCUGAUGUUGCAGGUCAAGUGAUUUCAAACACAUAUAUACACACACUCCUACUCUCUCUCUCGCUGUAUAUGUGUGUGUGUAUAUAUACACAUCAUGUCCAGAAGUGGAGAGUGUUCCUGGAGGUUGCACAGUGUUCUGCAGCCAGACCCUUCUCAUUUUUCACAUUUCAUGACAGUUUGACAGAUGCAGAAGCCAUUAGGGGAUGCUUUGCAGCCUUCUGCAACUUGUUCACCUGAGGUUAAGAUUUUUUGAAAAAUCUUAAUGCAGAAGCACAAGAUAUUCCCAUGUUUUAUGAACCAGCAACAUCAUAUGAAAUGUGUAUAAUGUAAGUUAAAGAUGUCAAACAACAUAAGUGCAGUCCUUUUCAUUACUUGAAAAACAAAGUAUGACCAUGUCCUCUUAAUGUGACCGUAAGUGGAUUUGAGUAGGUUCAUGUGAUGGCUCUGUGAUGGACUAUCAGUCAAUCCUGUUUUCUGUCCUGGCAGCACAUUAAAUUUAGCAACAAUGUCUCAA